AAUCGCGAAUUCGCUUGCACGAAGUUGCGUCAUACGGAUAGAUCUAUUUAUAUUUAAAAUGUGUUACAAUUCAUUCUGCAGUUCAGACAUGCCCCAAUUUGAUGUCAUGCUAGCGACGUGGCAAACCAAAUAAAUCAGCAACAAUGUCCGGUCCACCAACGGGUGGUGGCAGAGGAUGGCUACGAACGCCUCCCCCCACUUAUUUUCGAUCCCCAUCGCCGUGGAUUCCACACGGAUCAACUCCACCACUGACACAGAUAGCCUCAACGAGUUUUCAAAACACAGGAGGAAGACUGGAGGAAAUAGCAGCACAACCACAAAUCGAUCGUUCUACAGCAUUUGAAUAUGGUUCUUCAUCCAAUGAAAUCAAAUUUCAACGUACCGAUGUUCAAACGUCCAGCGGAGCUAUACAGAAAGAUAUCCAAUAUCAAAAACCGCAAGGCAUGCGACCUUUGGAUUCACAAUUCUACCAGACUUCAAUUGUUCAAACUUCAUCAAAACAGCAUCCAACCUAUCAACCACCAGUCAGCCGUUCACCAAUGUCAUCUGCGCAACAAGUUUAUUCAGAAGGCCUCACUAAUAGCCCCGUCUUUCAACGGUCGCAUCCUCCAUCGACGGCUAGCACGUUUCGUCAAAGUCCGUACCCUUGUUAUCAGCAUGGUGAUGGAUCAGCUCCGAUGAUGUCAUCGAUCGGAGAAUAUUCUGCCAAACAAGUGCCAUAUGUGGUUUACGAUUACUCGGGAGAAUAUGGUCCGUCUACAGCAGAAAUAAUAGCAAAUCAAUCGCAAGAUUAUGUAGACGAAAAGUUAGCGGAAUACCAAGCGACGAUUCAUUUAUUACAAGAUGAACAAGAACGGGUUCAGAAGAAAACCUUUGUCAAUUGGAUUAACUCGUUCCUAUGUAAGCGCAACCCACCGCUUAAAAUCCAGGAUCUGAUAAAUGAUUUGAAAGAUGGUACCAAACUUCUGGCUUUGUUGGAAGUUCUCUCUGGUGAGCGGUUGCCUAUGGAGAAGGGCAAAGUGUUAAGAAGACCUCACUAUCUCAGCAAUGUCAAUACAGCCCUACAGUUCCUAACCAGCAAGCGAAUUAAACUGGUUAACAUAAACCCAUCAGAUAUUGUUGAUGGACGACCGGCAGUGGUUCUUGGUUUAAUAUGGACAAUAAUUCUGUACUUCCAAAUAGAAGAAAACAGUCGAAUCCUCCAUUACUUGAACGACAAUCUCAGCGGUUCUGUAAGCAGCUUGGAUAGCGGUUCAACAUCACAUAUACCGAGUCCCUGUAAGCCGCUGUAUCAAGGAUCAGCCGUGUAUCCUGCCAACGAUAUGCUGAAGCAAGGCCCCAAGAAAACUUUGCUUGGUUGGGUCAAUAAUGCAUUGCCAAAACACCUUGGAUUGGAAGUUAGAGAUUUUGGCGCCAGCUGGCGUGAUGGUUUGGCAUUUUUGUCACUUAUCGAUGCCAUUAAAACAAACGUUAUCAAUCUAGCCGAAAUGAAACGCUACAAUAAUCGGUAUCGUUUGGACACAGCCUUCAAUGUAGCCGAAUCAGAACUUGGUAUUGCAAGAUUGUUAGAUGCCGAGGAUGUUGAUGUGGAGAGUCCUGACGAGAAAAGCGUUAUGACCUACGUGGCCCAGUUUUUGCACAAAUAUCCAGAUGUCAAGAAUAUCAACUCCAAAACCGAGAGUCAACAGGAACUUUAUUCUUUCUUGGAAUGGCUUCGCAACGUUAUUCGCUACUACGAUAGUUUGAAUGGAAUCUACGUAAAAGAUUAUAAUCUUUAUUCAAAGGCACUUGAUGAACGAACAGAAAAAUUAAAUUCGUACAAGAAAAUUAAGAAUAUAUAUGGAAGCAAGGCAAUUCCAGAAGUUCAGGAAUUGAAUAACCUGUGGCCUCGUUUAGAAAAACACUUACAUCAAUGGCUGUGGUAUCUGGAUUGUAGCCUGCCGGAUCAGUUUGGUGUGAUAGGGUCAUGGCUAAGCAAUGGAGAAAAAAUGCUUAAUGAUGAUGAUAUUCCUGAUAGUAUGAACGAAGAAACUGCUUCUUUGAUUAGCAAAAGAUUAGAGGCACACAAACAAUUUUUCGCAGCAUAUUUUGAAGUACUAGAAACUUUCAAUCAAUUGAAACUACUUCCCAUUGCUGCAAAAAUACCGGAGGUUCAGUUGAUAAACUUAGAGAAAAGACUCAUUGAAAUUGAGCCAAAAGCAAGACAGCGAAGAAUCAAACUUAAAUUUCUUGAACACAAAUGUUGUCUUAUAGCAUUUUUGAAUCUUUUGGAAAAUAAAAUAAAUGCUGUAAGGUAUAACAACUUCGACACAGUUAAGCAGUCACUGGAGCAAUUAAAGAAUUUUGUGACCCGAAAUCAGAUAAUGCAAGAAUUCGAGAAGGCUCUCUUGGAUAUGCGACAGGUUAUCGAGGAAUAUAAAAUGGAUGGAAACAUUUCAAAGAAGGAUGCAUACAAUAUUGACGCAUUUCUACGUGAUAUUGAAGAUCGCUGGAAAAAUGUAUCUUCAAGGUUGAUUUGCACUGAAACAAUGCUAGAAGAUGUACUUUCUCACUGGAAACGUUGGAAAGAAUUGAAAAGCACUCUAGAAAGUUGGAUCAACUCUGCUUAUCAGGCAUUGAAAUCUGCAGAAGAUGAUAAAAUGGACUUUUUCCAAAAUCUUGGUAGCUUCAAAGAUAAGUAUAAUAUGCUUGCCGAGACGUACAAAAUUUUAAAAUCUACAUGCGAUUAUGAAACAGCCGUAAUUAUUGAAAAACAGUUUGAACAGAUCAUGCAAAAUUGGGAACAUAUUUUCCAACAUACCAAACAAUAUCUGCAUGUUGGAGAUAUUUUACAGCAUAGACAAAAAUUCAAAGCUGAUACGGCCCAGCUCAGUGAAUGGAUACAAAAAUCCGAAUCGAUUUUGGCUCGCAAUAAUCUCAAAAAAUCUGAUCAAAUCAGAGAAUGUGAAGCUGAAGUGAAACAGAUUGCGUAUGAAUUUGAAUCAAUGGAAGAGCUCUUUAAAUCAAUAAGCAAAAGCUUUCAGGCACUAAUUAAGGAGUACUCACGUGAAGAAGUGGAUAGAAUGAUGAACUUGAUGAAACAGGAGAAAGAAGCGCUUGUGCGUAUAAGAGCGCAAAUUUCUUUGAAGCUACAUCUUUUCCAUCAGUUAUUAACACAGCAAGAGGCGCUUGAGUCCGGACAACGGGAAAUAACCACAUGGUUGGAUGAAGCUGAAAAUCUGCUGAUUUCAUACGCUUUUAACAAUGAUUCUCAACUCACUAAAGCGAAUCUUGUGAAACACAAAACUUUCUUCAAUAGAACGUUGUACUAUAAAUCAAUGCUGGAAAGCAAAAACAAUGUUUUCCACAGUAUACUAAAGUUGACUAAUUCUGACAACAGCAUUGAUGUGAGCGAAGCUUCCUUCAAGAUGAAACAACUAAAUGAACGUUUUACCUACGUUAUCAACAAUGCCAACGAUUGGGAGUACAAGCUUCAGGAGAACCUUAAAGCAUGGGAACGUUUUGAGGAUGCUUUCCAGAAAGCUGAGCAAUUCAAUAGACAAGCUUCUGCUUGGCAAAAUGCUAAUCUCCCAAUAGAAAAACAAUCCGACGUAGAAACCCAGCUACAAUUCUUCAAUAACGCAGAUCAAUCUUUAAUGCCCAACCUGGAAGUUUCUACAGAAGAACUUCUAAAAUACUUGCCUCCGAAUGAGCAAAGAAUUUUGAUCGACAAAAUUGAAGGUUCUCAAAAACUCUGGGGUGAAGUUAUAUCAAAAAUACCCCAACAUCUAUUAAUGCUGGAGUUUAGAAUGAAUGAAAUAUCAUUCCUCAACUACAUCAGUGAAUUAGAGAAGGAAUUAAACGGUGAAGAACAAGCUCUUAAUUGUAAUGAAAAUUUUGAGGCAAUUCUUAUUCGACACAACAACUUCUUCCAAAAGGCUGAUCUUCAGAAGACGGAGAAGAUUUUGGCGUCUUUAGAGAAAACAAACAUUGUAUUCAUGGAAACAUUUGAAAACGAUUCGCGCCUUUUGACAGCUUAUCAGAAAGCUAAUGAUACCUGGGUGCUGAUGUGCAAAAGGAUUGAAAACGUUAAAAACAUUCUACACCGAAUUCCUUCCCAAUGGAAUUCGUAUCACCAAAAAUUCGACGAAAUGUUAUUCUGGAUGGACCAAGUUGAUGUUUCCUUAAAGCAGAUUGUUGUCGAAAAAGAAACCAUCGAGCAGUUCGAGCAGGAAAAAAUUAGUUUCCAGCUUAGGGAGAUUAUGAAAAUAUGUUUUGAAGCUGAUGCAAAACGUGAAGAUAUGAAGUGGCUCGUGAAAACUUUAGACUUUUUAUUAAGUCACGCUAACGAAGUGCAAGCCUCUCUUGAGCAAGACAAAAUAGAAAAACUGAUCGCACGAUACAAGACUUUAAUUCCCACAAUCGAAACUACUAUGAUCAGUACCGAAGUCUUUUCUAAGUGUUACACCUUCAGAAAGGAAUCUGAAGAAAUCUGCAGCCUGCUGGAUCGUAUAAGGACGCAAAGUAAUGAUAUUCCAAAUCCGGAUAGUUAUCAGAAGGUUAAUGAGAUGAUCGAAGAACAAAACUAUUCUAUCAAGGAACUGGAUAACCAGAGAACACACAUAAUGAAAAUGCUGCAGAAGGGAAAAGACCUAAGCAAAAAUUUAAAUGCACCAGACUUUGUAAACGUUGAGGUGAAAAAGCUUGAAGAUUCUUGGAAUGCUACCUAUAAUAACGCUGUUGAAAAACUCAAAUCUUUGAAAGGAAUACAAAAGGUUUGGAAUGAUUACAACGAACAAAAAGUUCAAAUUAUAAGUUUGUUGAAUAGCGCUGAAGUUGAACUGAGAUCAGAAACACCUCUUCAAUCUGAUCCUAAAAGUGUCGUACAAGACCUAGAGGCGAAAAAACAACUUGUAUUGAAUUUGCGUCAAGCUUCAUCUAAAUCCCUACUGCAGUUGAAUGAUCUGUGUCGUGAGUUGGGAAUGUCUAUUAAUCCAAACUCAAGACAAGCAAUUGCUAAAGAAAGUCAAGAGCUUGAAAAACGAGUUCGUAAUACUGUUGAUUUUGUUGAAAAAAGGGUAGAAUAUUUGGAAGAUUAUAAUGACAAAUGGAAGGAUUACAAAGAACGGUUGGAUAAUUUGAAGAAUUGGGCUAAUAAUGUGUUUCCCAAAAUGGUUGCUGCUAUUAAACAACCGCAUAUCACACCUGAGCAACGAGUUGCCAAAACUAAGCAAUUGGAAACUAUUUUGAGUGAAAAAAUGCGUAUGCUUGACGUUUUGAAUGCUAGCACCACAGAUUUAGCAUCUAAAGAAGGCAAUUUAGGAGAGAUGAAGCGCCUAAAAAAGGAGGUGUCAAACCUCCUAGGAACCUUCUCUGAAAUGAGUCAACUGAUGAGUGCCGAAAAAAGCAGCGUAAAUAAGGAUUUAGAUACUUGGCAAAGUUACAGCCAAGAUAUCGAAUAUCUGCAAACAUGGGCCAGUAACGCUAGUCUAGCCAGUGAGCUUCAGCCAACUAAACUGAAAUCACUGACUGAUGCUCGAGAAAAGGAGGAACAGCUGAAAAACUUUAAUAACGAAUGUCGGUCUAAAAUGAACGAACUGCGAAGCGUGGAGCAAAAAACUAACUCUAUCAAAUAUGGAAUGAGGCCAACAGAUGAAAUCGAUAAAUGUCAUAUGGCAUUAGCUACUGUAGCAGAAAAUGCAGAACAUUUGAAAGGAAAACUUAAUAAGCUGGUUACAAAUUGGUCAACAUUGGAAAAUGACCUAGAUAAAAUAAAUCAAUAUGUCAAACAGGCAGAUGCAAAGUUGCAAAAUUUUAACACUGCCAAUAUUAACCAUCUUCCAAUUGACAAACUGGAAGAGGCAAUCAAAUCACUUAAAAUUUUCAAUAAUGAAAUUUCAGAGCAACAAGCGAAAGUAAUUUCACUUAUACAUUUAUUUGAUCAAAUAAAUGGAAACAUUUCAGACGACGGGAUUCGCACUAUCAAACAAAGUAUUGGUUAUCCUGAAGAACGACUUACUUGUAUUAGCGAAAGAGUCCGUUCCAUGAUAAGCGAGCAUUAUCAAAACAUUUUAGUCCAACAACAGUUCAACACAAAACUUAUUCAAUUCAGCAAUUGGAUGGAUCAGAUAAGAUCUAGUUUGAGUGAAUUAGAAACAAUGACUUCAAAUGAUGUUGAUUUAGCACUUCAAAAUGUAUCCUAUUUAAUGGAUCAACACGCUAAUAAACAAGAUUUGUUCAAUGAUAUUUACUCUCAGAUUAAGCAAAACUCUGUGAGUGCACAACCGUCCAGUAAUGCCAUACUAGAAGAGACAUACACUUCUUUAGCAAGUAAUUAUCAGAAUUUAGAAAAUGAUUUACACAAACUGAAGAAUUACCUUCAGAAGUGGUCAGAAUUUUUGCAUUGGUAUAACAACACUAAAGAGCUAGCAAAGCACUGUAAAGAUAGCAUUCAUAAAUAUGAUUUAAUAGGCGAAGACGAGCUAGCUGCGGCUGAUAAGAAAAUAGCAGACAUCAAAGAAAGUAUAGCCGAAUGGAAAUCGACUAUGAUGGCCUUGGAACAUUCUCCAUGCGUCAGAAUUCUUAAUGAACAGCGUAAUCCCAUAAAUGCUGUUGAAAUGAUUAUAGAUUUAGAAAAUAAAUUGAAUAUUACGAACAGUCAAAUUCAAGCGAAGUUAAAAGAAAUUUGCUUUACUAAAGAAAGGGCUCUUACUUUUAGAAAUGCUCAUCAACAGGCACUUGAUAACUUGAAAAAUAUUUCAGUUGAAUAUAAUAACACUUUAAAGAAUGUUUCAUUGGAAAAUCUAGAAGAAGUUAUAGAAAAGCUAUCCACUUUACAUGAUAAUCUUAAUCAGCAGUUAUUAGACAAAGCUGAAAUUCAGUGUGAAGGAAACUUAUUGAUGAAACAAGAGAUAGUCAGCAUUGACAAUCUACACGAACCAUUACAACGACUAGAUAAGGAAAUUGAUAAUGUUCAGCAGCAGGUAGACGAGAGCCUUGUAUGCUUGAGGGAGGUCCAAAAUGCAUACUCUGAAUUCAACAGGUGCAAUAAAGAACUUGACAACGAUUUGAAAAACAUUUCUCAAAUUAAUAGUGGUACAAUUUUAAACUUCACUGACAAGCCUUCGCUAGUGCAACAACUAGACCAACUUAAGAAUGCUUCUGAAAUUGUGAGAAAAAUCCGUAAAAAUAUAGAUUUUGUUGCAAACAAAGGGAACGAAAUAAUUAAAAAUUUUAGAACAUACAAUUCAAGAGAUUGUGAUGUUAUACUCGAAAUUUUGAGGCAAAAUAAUGUAUGUUUGAAAUCAAAUUUGGAUACGUUGAUCAAUCACAGUAAUGAGCUCGAUCAAAAAUAUGAAUUGUAUGCUCAGUUGGAAACGAUCAACUCAGAUAUUAUCGCUUGGAUAGAAGGAAUGCGUGAUAGAUUAAAUCGUGUUCAAAGUAAUCCAAGCGAUAUGGAAAGAAAAAUUAGCAUGUACAAAUCUGAACUUCCGACCCAAAUGGUAUCAAAAGAAAAUUUCAACACCAUAAUGUCUGAAAUGAAACAAUCCAAUAACGAUUUCCUACCAGACGAUAUUUCAGUAAUGAAUUCUAACCUAGUUGAAGCCCUAGCAGGAAUUGAAAAUUUUGUUGUAAGUUUGAACGACAAAGUAACGGAAUAUGCAACAGAGGAGCGUAAUCUUAAAGACCAAAUGAAAAUUAUUAUUGGAAAAUUGUACCAACUACGAGAGGAAAUAAUGAAUUGCGAUGACGUAGCGUUGGACAGUUCGAAGCAAAUUUUAAAAUUAGAUAUUCUGAAACAGCUAAGAGGAAAGCUCAACAUCUUAGGAGCCGAAAUAACUGAAUUAAAAAACCAAUUCGUUAAUGUAGAACCUCAAUUUGAUUCCCUCAAGGAAAGCACCAUUGCUAAAGAAAUACAGAACUUAGAACAACGGUUCGGUAUCACAAUGAACAGUCUCAACGAAACUGAAAGUAAGCUACACAAAUUAGUGGAAAAAUCUUUCAAAGAAAAACUACAAGGUAUCAAACGUUUGAUUUCUUCUCAAGUCGAAAAACUUAAAUGGUGCCACCCAGAAUCAGGCAGCGACAUGUAUAAUCUAGAAAUGAAAAAAGCAACUAUUGGUGACAUUAAGACCAAUAUGUGUCAAUGUGAAAAUAGUUUGCAGGAAAGCAACUCGAUGCUAAAAUCUUUGUCGAAUAUUCUACCUAAAACUAAGGUAGAACAUUUGAAUGAAGAUCAAAAUGACAUUGUAAACGAGCUGCAGUUUUUGCAAGAUUCAUGUAUCAAAACUGAUGACGAGUUGAACUCGAAUAUAUCUUUGUGGAAAAGAUAUGAAGAUAUAUCGGCUGAAAUCAUUGAGUGGCUAAAAGAGAUGGAGCAGAAGCAUAAAAUGGAAACUAUUUUACUGGUAGACCUUUCCUCAGUGAAUGAAAAAAUUUCAGAAAUUAAAAACACAAGAAAUUUGAUGUCUGAAUACGAGCCAAAAUUGCAUCAAUUACUAGAAAUUGCUGAGAAAAUAAACCAUGUAAACUCAGAAUCGAGAGUUAUGCCCUUGUGCAACAUGUGCAGUUGA